GUGAGCUGUUCUUAUUGCACCAUUGAGAUUCAGUCAUGGAGAAGAAGGUUAUCGACUGGGUCAACCACGAACAUCCUUUGAUUCUCACUGAAAAUGUGAGUACAGGCAAGACUUCAAAUUGUUACGGGUGUGGUAUUCCCGUAAUUGAUUUGGAAGUGGCAUAUGUUUGCACGGUGCAAAAUUGUUCGGAUAGGAUUAUCCUCCACAAGAAAUGUGGAGAAUUACCUAGUCAAAUUUUGCACCCUAAACAUCCUCAACAUCCCCUUCAUCUAUUUGAUUACCACAAGUUUUUCGGUUCCUGGUGUGAUGUUUGUUUGUGUUAUAUUGAUGAGGGGCUUGGGUACCGAUGUUUAAGUUGUGAUUUCCAAGUCGACUUAAGAUGCGAAAAAAUACGUGUUGAUGAUAGAUUAGAGGGGAAAAUACAAGUAGAACACCCAAGUCACCCUGAUCACCCUUUGACACUAAUAAGAAAGGCCUCAUUUUCAUUUUAUUGUAAUGGUUGUGGCGUUAAAGACGUGGACAUGGCCUAUAUAUGCUCAACGUGUGAAUUUAUGGUACACAAAACUUGUGCGUCGUUGCCCAUCAUUCUCCCCAUAAAUCUCCGAUACCACCACCACCAUCUUUCUCUUGCCUUUAGUUUUCCCAUGGAUCAUCACAGAUACAUACGCGAUUGUGAUGUCUGUUAUAAACUAUUAGACAAAACCUGCUGGGUGUAUUUUUGUGGUGAUUGCAGAUUCUUUGCGCAUAUCAAGUGUGUUGCACCCACGAAUGCCGAGACAGCAGAGCAAGACUCAAAUUCAGACGGUGAUGAUAAUGACGGUUUCGAUGUGAUUCGAUUCCCGCUACAUGCACAUGACAUAUCGAAGGAGUUAAUUGAACCUUUUGUGGUGAGAGAAAAAGGUCUUAACAACAUCCCGGAUGUAGCAGACAUGCCAGCAGAAGUGCAUAUGCCACAAACCACCGCAAGUUUUUCAUUUCUGUUCAACUAUCACAACCAUCCUUUGCGUUUGGUUUCGGAAUUGUCUAAGAAAGACGAUGAAGUUGAUCGCAACAAAAUGAUGGAUGAGAGAGAUGAAGAUGAUGAAUAUGAUGAGUUGAAGGUAUGUGAUGUGUGUGUCACACCCAUACUUUCUCCUCCAUAUUAUGAGUGCGCUCCUUGCAAAUAUUUUGUGCACUCCAUUUGCUACUUGCUUCCAAAAACAUUAUCUUCUUCUUCUUCUUCUCACUUGUAUGGUGAUUGCCCAAAAACGCAUGAUAAAAACCACAAACUCACACUCUACACAAGCUCAAGAUCUAUAGAUAUGGAUCCAGAGCUUUGUAGGUGUGAGGCUUGUAAUGAUAUCACAAACGGGAUGGUGUACGAGUGCGAAGGGUGCGAGAUGAAGAUAGAUGUCAAGUGCGCUUCUCUACCGAAAACUAUCAGACAUGCAUCUCACCCACAUCGCGCACCGCUAGUCUUGACUAGAAUACCACCAGCAGGAGAAGAAAAAGCUGGCAAACUGAAAUCUUGCUGUUGCUGUAGAUCUUUGAUGGACGACCGUAUUGCAUAUUGCUGCAGCAGCAAUGACUGCGACUUUGCGUUGGACUUGACAUGUGGUAUGCUGCCGGCGAGCAUAACGAUGUGUGAGUGGGACAAGUACCAUUCAUUGAUGAUGUUAUUUGAUGCCUCUCUCGACCAUCCCUCCGGCUUUGUUUGUGAUUUUUGUGAGGUUGAAUUGCAUCCAAAGGGGUGGAUGUAUCAUUGCCGCCAAUGCGAUGUUUCUUUCCACCUUUUUUGCCUCAACAAUGCAUCCGGUGGGUAUAGAAACAUCAAAUUUGGGCGCCGAUUUGUGUUGGACGGGAUUCACCCGAAUCACCCUCUCACAUUCAAUCACAUCACUAUCAAGAGAAGAUGCGACCUUUGUCAUGUGGUUCUGUAUGACUACUGUGGGUUAGAAUGUGCAUCAUGUUACUAUGUUGUGUGCGUAUAUUGUGCUAUGACAGAGUUAGCUAAAAUGAUGUAAUAUCAUUCAUACAUCUUUUAGAUUUCAUUUGUGAAUUUUGUGAGG